UGUUGUAUAAAGAGCUCACCCACAGGUAGACUGAUGUUUAUUCAGGAUGCUGAUUACCUGUUAAUAAUCACCUGUCCCUUUGUGAGAUAAGAUAUACUUCCAGUGCCGAAAAGUUAAAAUAAAUCACACAAUAUGAUUUCGAGUGACUAUAUAUUAGAACUGUGCAAUGUGUUCUACUCCGGACAGGUGGAACCAGGGUCAUGCGUGCAAAGAAUGGUAGGAAAUAUAAAAACUGGAGUUAUACUAAAGGACGUUUCUAUGACGGUUCAUUCUGGUGAAGUAUUGGCUGUUUUAGGAUCUAAAGGUAGUGGAAAAAAGGCCCUCCUCGACGUCAUAUCCCGUCGCGCCCAGGGCCCCGUCAGGGGCCAGAUCCUUCUGAACAACCAACCCAUGAGCCUGUGCUUGUUCCAACAGAGGUGCGGUUAUGUCACACACAAAUGCGACUUCAUUCCCGGAUUAACAGUCGAGCAGACUUUGUACUACACACCCACCAAGUUAACUGGAUACUUGAAGAAGUCUAAAGUUAAACAAGUAAUGGCAGAUCUGGCACUAUCUCAGGUCUCCAAUAGAUGUAUAGACAGAUUGACGCAGAGCGAGUACAGGAGGCUGAUGAUUGGUGUUCAAUUGAUAAAAGAUCCAGUGGUCCUAUUGCUGGACGAGCCGACGUGGGACCUGGACCCAUUAAACACCUACCUGGUGGUGUCCAUCUUAUCGAACGCGGCGAAGAAGUACGGCACGGCCAUCGUUCUGACGAUGGAGAAGCCCCGCUCGGACGUAUUCCCAUUCUUGGAGCGGGUUCUUUACUUAUGCCUCGGGGACGUCGUAUACACAGGCGGAACGAGGCAGAUGCUGGAGUAUUUCAACGCUAUCGGAUUCCCUUGUCCGCAGCUCGAAAAUCCUCUCAUGUAUUACCUGUGCUUAUCUACAGUGGACAGAAGAUCGAGAGAAAGAUUCGUCGAAAGCAACCAUCAAAUAUCAGCCCUGGUGGAAAAAUUCAAGUUAGAGGGCGGUGCUUAUAGAAAAGGAUCCUCCGUUACCGGCCCAAAUCACACGUUGGACCAUGGUAUGAGCCAUGGAAGUAAGGUCCCUUUGUUGUUGGGUAGAGCAAGUUCCUUUUCUACAGGUUGUACGAUAUUUGUGAGAUUAUUAUCAGCAACAUUGAAUUUCAGAGCAGAUGGUAUCCGACAAAUGUUCCUAAGACUAUUUCUGCUGCCUCUAGUUUUCUUCUUUUUGUGGACGUUCUACAGAGAAAUGAAGGAUUUUCAGCAUACCUACAUCACCAGAAGCGGGUUAAUUUUCAACAGCCUAGCCGCCGUUUACUUUAUCGGGAUAGCCAAUACUAUUUUAAUGUUUCCUGCGUAUAGAACAAGAUACUUCCAAGAAUCUCAGGAAGGCUUGUACGGAGGCACUUUAUUCCUGUUAACUUACAACGCUGUUUCUAUACCGUUCUCCUUCUUGUCCACAGCAGGAGCAAGUGCAAUUAUUUAUCCAUUUAUUGGAAGCUUCCAGAACACCUUGGACUACCUGUACUUUAUGCUGAUACUCUGGGCAUGUUAUAUUUUCUCCGAACAACAAACCAUGGCCAUUCUAAUGAUAGUCAAAGAUCAUCUUUCCGCAGCUGUGUUUAGCAUAUACAUAACUUGCGUCUGCCUCACACUCAGCAGUGGAAUUUUAAGGUCAAUCAAGGGGCUUCAGGACUGGCUGUAUUACCUGACAUACGCCACACAAACCAGAUACGCCUCUGCUUUCCUCAACAGGAAAGUUUUCACAAACCCACUGUUGAACCAAGCGCUUGCCUUUGAUACAAAGCGCAACUGCACCAAUAUGAAUUUAAUCGAAACAUCCCUGCUGAACGGUCAUAACAGCGCUUAUUGCAGAUACGCCAGCGGGCAGUCGUAUUUGUCAGAAAGAUACAGCCGUGACCACACCGAUGUGAUAUUUAGUGGAAUAUUGGAGGAGGACCUGAAUAUUGGAAUAACUUUUGCGUUCGCCCUGGGGAUGAUAGUGUUUAAUUUAUUUUUGUAUUUGAUUCCCCUACCGGCUUUCGUUAAGGCUAAAUUUCGAGAAUAAAGAAGAAAGAAGGGGUAACCCUCUUGAAUUUAAAAAGUAUGUUGUGCAAUACUGAAGGCGUGAAAAAUUUGAAGAUCUGCAAAAAGUUACAAACUGCGGUAGUACUGGGACUGGUUAUUUUAUUUCCUCAAGAUCCAAAACAAUUACUGUUUGUGGAUAUUUAAUAGGACAAAUAAUUUGAGUGAAAAAAAAAUAUGAGUUAUUUUUUGAAGUGUACUAAAAUGUCCUAUUUAUUAAUUAUUUAGUUGCUAUUAGUUAUAUUAAGAAUUAUGUUAAGAUUUUUGUAUAUUUAUAUUUGCCCAAACGGUAGCUCCGUCCAUUGUCCUAUGGUUGCAAUAUUACAAGAAAUGUUAUUUGAAUUA